GUGCCGCCGUUCCAAACCGCGUGCCGUUGCACUGGCCCAAUAUUUUUAAUUGUUAUGCACUAAAACAGUGAUUCUUCGCGUGCAUAUUACGAUCCGGGCUUUCGCAACAGUGUACUUCUUUCGUAAGCGCUAUUUUGCCGUCUGAACAGGUGUGAUUGGUGACUGCGAGGGACUGUUCCUGCGAGCACAUUUCUCUCCCUACGCAGCAGCUUCGAAUCCGCCUUGCGCCUUCAACUUAUCUAUCAGCAACACGCUCUUCCCAUUAAAAAGUGUUUGAAGUGACCGCGGGGAACGUGGUACAGUUCGGUGCCGUGUUGUUUACAAACCGAACAUCUACAAGAACACGAGAAAUCGCAAAGCGAAGGACGAACGACGCCUCACGCAAAGUGUGACGCGCACAUAAUUUACUUUUGUGACUCAAAAUACUGUAUCGGGGAGAAGAAGUCCUUAAACGACGGCCAUGAAGUACAUACUGGUCACUGGUGGCGUUAUUAGUGGCGUGGGUAAAGGUGUGAUAGCCAGCUCCUUCGGGACACUGUUGAGCGCGUGCAACAUACCGAUAACGUGCAUCAAAAUCGAUCCUUACAUCAACAUCGAUGCCGGAACGUUUUCACCAUACGAACACGGUGAAGUGUUCGUGCUCGACGAUGGCGGUGAGGUCGAUCUGGAUCUUGGCAACUACGAGCGGUUCCUGGACGUGGUUCUUCACCGGGACAAUAACAUAACCACCGGCAAGGUGUACAAAAUGGUGAUCGAUCGGGAGCGGAUCGGUGACUAUUUGGGAAAAACUGUUCAAGUCGUGCCACACAUUACGGAUGCGAUCCAGGAGUGGGUCGAAAGGGUGGCGAAAACACCCGUCAAGGCGGAUAUCCAGCCAGAGGUGUGCAUCGUCGAGCUGGGCGGUACGAUCGGAGACAUCGAGGGAAUGCCCUUCGUCGAAGCAUUCCGUCAGUUUCAAUUCCGCGUGCGGAAAGAAAACUUUUGCGUCGCCCAUGUCUCACUUGUACCUUCGCCGCGGUCUACCGGGGAACCGAAGACGAAACCGACGCAAGCGAGCGUGCGAGAGUUGCGAGGGCUGGGCCUGAGUCCAGAUUUGAUCGUGUGUCGCUCAGAGAACCCGAUCGGUGAUGAGGUGAAGGAGAAGAUUAGUAACUUUUGCCACGUUGCGCCGGAGCAGGUGAUCACCAUACCGGACCUGUCGUCGAUCUAUCACGUGCCGUUGCUGAUGGAGCAGGCGGGUGUGGUCGAUAUCCUUAACGAACGGUUGCAGCUUAACCUGCAGAUUCCGCGGCCGGCCGGGUUCAUGCUUUCGUGGCGCGAUCUGGCUGAGCGGGUUGAGAAUGUGUACAAAAAGGUGAACAUCGCACUGGUGGGUAAGUACACGCGACUAGAGGAUGCCUAUGCGUCGGUUUCGAAGGCUUUGAUUCACUCGUCCAUUGCCGUCGGUUAUAAGCUGGAGUUAAAGUUUAUCGAGGCGUGUCAUUUGGAGCGUGACGCGAAACGCGAAAAUCCACACCUCUACUACGAAGCGUGGCAUUCGUUAACCAACAGCCACGGCGUUGUCGUUCCGGGUGGGUUCGGUACACGUGGUGUGGAGGGCAAGAUACGGGCGUGUCAGUGGAGUCGUGAAAACAACAAGCCAUUUCUGGGAAUCUGCCUAGGACUGCAGGCGGCCGUGAUAGAGUUCGCACGAAACGUACUGAAAAUUGAGGACGCCGACUCGACUGAAAACGAUGAAAGUACGUCCCAUCCUCUGGUGAUCGACAUGCCGGAACAUCACACCGGGGUGUUUGGUGGCACGAUGCGCCUUGGAACGCGGACCACCAUCUUCAAAGGCGACAGUAAAAUUCGUAAACUGUACAAUAACGUGGACCAGAUCGACGAACGGCAUCGUCACCGGUACGAGGUGAAUCCUGAAUAUGUUACCGUUCUCGAAGAUAACGGUAUGCGAUUCGUUGGCCACGACUCGGAGAAGCAACGCAUGGAGAUCAUCGAGCUCGAGGGCCAUCCUUACUACGUGGCCACCCAGUUUCACCCGGAGUAUCUUUCGCGCCCCCUGAAACCAGCACCGGCAUUCCUUGGGCUAAUUUUGGCAGCGGUUGGCAAGCUUGACAACUAUCUAGCGACGGGUCAGUACAAGAUUCAGCAGCUUCACAAUCAAAACCACCACCAGCUACUGGCAUGCGAGAGCUCCAGCGAUGAUGAUCUACAACAGCAAGGCCGGAUGCGAGUUAAUAGCAAAAGCGCAUCACAGCAUGGUUCGACCAGCAGUCCAGAGAAGGGCAAGAAAAGCGGUUCUCCGAAAGUGAACGGGUCUGUCUUGACGACGACGGCGCACGUAAACGGGGCAUGUUAGAAACAGUAGUUGACCUUUGAUUAGCGUUAUUGUCUUCUCCCUCGUGCAGUGGCGGUUGUAAUUUUUUCGCAAAGCCCGUAAAGCCUUAAUCCGACUUUAAUGUUAGCUCCACAUGCAAUAUAAACGAACGGCAAAGCAGCAUUUUAUAAUCUAAAAAUACCAUAAAUAUGAAAAAGAUGCAAACAAACAAAAUGAUCGAAAGUGUGCAAAAAGUAUUCUCAAAGCCAAGCAAUGUGAGAAUAGGUGUUGGCAACCAUCUUGUAGACAUGCCAAUUGAACCGGCGUUUUGGAUGACAUUUGAUGUGCUUAUUCAUUUAAAUAAAAUCGUUGGGUUGUUACCGUCCUUACAAUAAUGUAAUAGGCUGAAUUGUGACGUAACUUAGAAAAAAAACCAGCCCAAAAAUGACAAAAGCGAAGUUCCACAAAAGCUGCGGAUGAUGAAGGACGGCUUUUUGCGGUGUAUACCGAAUUAUGUUUCUGUUUCAGAGUGAACAACGAACGUUGCGAAAUAAAUUCAAUCUUCCAGAGCUAUAUGAAUGCAAAAUAUACAUAUCGUUAUUAUUUUAUAAGCCUAAAAGAAAUUAAUGAUUCCCUUUAACCAAUUUUGAUAUGAACAAGAACUCGCGACAUCCGUUCCUACGAAUUACAACCGAUAUGUGGACACGAAAUACGUUGAGCGAGCAUGCGAUCCAGCUAUGUAGGGGAUAAUAGAUAAUUGCUGUGUAAGUAAUAAUAAUCAGCUAAUGUAUUUGUAAUAAAAUUUACAUCGCAAAAUAAGCAUCUGGUGAACAC